AAACGAGAUCGUCCGUCAUCAGUGACUCGGUAGUGGUGCUCAAAGUGAAUGUGACCUGGACCUAGACUUACAUUUCGCCAUCAUGAAGAUAUUCAUCUUGUUAGCCUAUACAUGUGCCCUCAUCUCCACGAAGAACACUCUGGCAUCAUUGAAGGGGACUAUACAUGCACCUUUAGACCUCAUAUCGCUGGAGGACAUAUCACCGGAAGAAAGGAAGCAGAUAGCCUAUCUGGAGUACAAGCUGAGUAGAUCUAAAAGGUCAGGUUCAGGCUCAGGCUCCGGCGAUAUUCUUGGUGCCCUAACGAAAGCGAUUGGACAAGGGAUCAAGAAGAAAAUCGGUCAAAUUGCCAGGGCGUCAGUGUCCGCUUCGGGACAUUUCAGCAGCAGCAGCAGCAGUAGCGGACACAGCAGCGGACACAGUAGUUACAGUUAUCAUCAUCCAGAACAUGUUCCUGAAACCUACGAUCACAAGUCCUUCGACUUCUGGUCGCUGAAGAAGUCCAUCCUCAACACCCUUCUGCAGGCGGUGAAAGCCAUCAAAGGCGGAGUGAUCGCUGUGAAGGGCCAACUCAUCAAGGGCAGCGGCAAGCUCAUUUCGGUCAAAGGGCGGCUGAUAAGCGCCCAGGGCGACUCUAUCACCCAGUUGGGGAAGAACAUCGCGUCCAGUGCCGUUUUGGUUCCGUUCCACGGGCAUCCCUCCUCGGGACAUGGAGAGUACCAUGAUUCAGCUCCUAGCGCACCAGAAGAAAUAUACCAUGGGUCACCAUCUGGUCCAGAUCACGAUUACCAUGUACCAGAGAAUUAUCCUCCUCCACAUCAUCCUGGAGCUGACGGUUUACUCAUCUUGAAGAAGAUGCGCGGCAACUACGCAGAACCAGACGAUGUGCCACCAUUCAAACCACUCGAACCGACCGGUCCAAGCUUUGGUACGAUUGCCGGUAAAUUGUUUUCAGCCUCCUCGUCCCUAGAUCCGCACAAACCCGAACUAUUUGGCAACACAGCAAGCGGCCAUAUUCACCACGAAUCCAACAACAUUAUCCCAGAAGAACACGGUACUUUUGAGCACAAAAUACCUGUUCCCACCACUAGCUAUGGUACUCCUUUUGAGCAACCUCCUGGGUACCUUGACCACAAUUUUGGUGACUAUACCGCAUCGGAUUCCAAGAAUAAACCUAGUUAUGUCAAAGCAGAUGGUUCAAAUAAGAAUGACCCAGCUCCGAAUCCAGAUUCAGAAUAUGUCCAACCAUUGGUGUCUGGUUCAGAAUCAACUAAGAACUCCUUCGAAUAUGCCACUAUGUAUAAUACCGGCACACUCAACAAUCCACAUGGUUCUUUGAGUCCUAAUCCAAUUCAAGAUCAGAAUUUGGCACAAAAUAACUAUCAAUUCUCCUCGGCCAAUGAGCUAGUUGUGUCAAAUUCUGAUCCUACAGCUCUUGAUUUGCCAAAUUUAGCGGACUAUCCUGAUGGAUUCCCUCCAUCAACUAGUAACACUCAAUCAGCUGCUGUUCAAACACCAAGUGUUGACAUAAAUGGGGAACUUUCUGCGAUCUAUUUCCAGCAAUCCCCUAGCACUGAUUCGUGGCCGCAAAUAAUCAAACCUUCGCCAUUCUUACAGACCCCUAUUCUUUCACAUAUGCCAAAUAUAGCUCAUAGUCCCCCUAGGUUGAAUACCUUGGAUCUUUCACAUAGCUCAACCAAACACAGGAUGAAAUCUUCUAGCUAUAAGAGACCGAUUGAAAGCAAAGGACUUUCGAGUUUUAGGACUUACAGACCUAGCUCGAACAGUUUUGAGGUAGUCAAGUCGAUGUCGUUCGAGCUAGGACCGAAUGGACCAAAAAGACUGACAUGAUUGAUUAGGACCUGACAACCACCUCCACCAACAAAACUACGAACAUUUCGAUCCAUACUUCGAUUGAGUGGACACGACUGUGUUUGAGAAAUUGAUAAAAAUAUACAGUGUGACACACUCGCGGCCAUAGCGCCCUCAUGAAAUCUACAGUUUCAACAAAUUUGCAAAAUUCAACAAUGAAUAUUUUCACUAAAUUUACACAUAUUUGAUGCUGAUAUUUUCAUUCAAUCUAAUUCAUCUUCCCUCUCUCUCACUAUACAAGUUGAUCAAUGUACUGUACUCAGUCUUUCUGUGAUAAUGUCUAUCCAAUAUUCUUGCAAAACAGUCUGUUGAUGAGACAAAUAGGAUUUCUACAGCCCAUUCAAGAGAAUAUCUCUAGGAAUAGCGCAGCAAUGAAAAACAUUUCUGGUCAGAAGUACAAAAUCUUACCUUUUAAAAAAAUACGGUAUUCAAACUGGACUCAUUAUCAAAGUAACAAGAACUAGUAGAAUAUCUUGCGAAGAUGACGAUGAUGAAAACGAAACGAAAAUCUAACAUCGUGUUCACGAGAAAAUAAGCCAACAAGUGCAAUAUUCUCAAAUGGGACAUCCAUUAUACAAUUAUCUCAAUCGGUAGGAAAUUCGAUUCUGAACAAGAACUGUCUGAUGAACUUUUAUCACAAAUUCAAACAGCUAAGCUAUCGAUGAUUUCUUUCAACUUCAUAGUAAGGUACAGCAAAAAAUAUCGGAGUUAUAAUUAUCAAAUGUUUGUUAACGUCAAAUUAGUUAAUAUUUAAUCAACCAUAUUAAUAAUUACAGAGGUUUAUUUAUCAAAAUCAUACCUGAUUUUUUGGUUCAUUUAUCAACAAUGAAUGGUUUAUCAUUGCUAUAUUUGUUCAUUUUGAACAAAAUCAUUCAAAAAUCAACAAUUCAUCUACAUAUAAGGCCGAUUUACGCAGUGAUAAUCAAUGAGAAUAACUUAUUAUUAUAAUUUGAUCUGGUAAUGAUCAGCUAUCAUACAGUUUGUGUUGAUGAAUAUAUCUGUUUUAUUAUUAUGAUACAUUCGUUCGAUAUAAAUUCAUAUAAUAUGAAUGGUAACAAGCGAUAUUUCAUUUUUUCUUUUUAUUCAUUUGGUAAUAAUCAAAAAACUGUCAUGCGCGGGGGUCAUCAUUUCGGUUCAGCUUUCAUCUUAUAUAGCGUGAGCAUCUUCAUGGAAUCUUUGGUGAUUUCCUUGUGAUUUCUAUCACCGUGAAAGCCGUGAAGUGUGAUAGUUAUAUUAGUUCGACCCGUUAUAUAUGACAUCAUG